AUGAUUAUACAACAAAAACAACAACAUUUCAUGGAGUUCGGAAAUAUUGUCAAUAGCGAACAUUUACGUCAACAUCGACGUAGUUGUAUGGCAUUACCGCCAACACCAUCAUCUUUAUUCAAUGUAAAAGCACCGAUACGUUUAAUCGGUGAAAUGGAUGAUUGGAAUUUGCCUAGUUGUUCUGAUGAUUCGGAAUAA